ACUCUAAACUUACCAUUAUUAUAACAUGAAUAGACAAAUGUUGAUUAAUGGUCAAUGAAAUUAAAUACCACCUAAAGUUGUGUUCUAAAAAAGAUGACUUAAAAGAAGACGAAAUUAUUGAAAAAAAAUAAAUCUAAAUAUUUCUUAUUUUACUUUCUUUGAAGAACUGGGAUUCCCAAUGUCAGGGAAACACCUUUAUAACCUAAUUUUUAAAGUGUGAUUUCUAGACCUGGAAAAGUCAGGUACAUUAAUAAAAUCUUAAAAAUAAAUAUAGAUUUUUCUAUAAAAAAUAUUAUCCUUAAUUUUUAUCUUAGAAAUCAUGAACAAUUGGAAAAAUCAUUGGGCCUUAGAAUACUGUUCAAACAUGAGAGGCUUUUGAAAGUCAAAACGGUUGAGAAUCUCUAAUCUAGAAGAGCAUUGAGUUCAGCUGAGGGAAGUGACAUCACAUUAUUGCUCACGGCAAAUCAACUGACUGUGUGAACGGUAGGUGCAUUUAAGAUAAUGGUCUCUACGUAGGUUUUGGACGAGGAAUAAGAUACCUUUUUGUUUCAACUUUAUUGAUUCGGUUCUUGGAUCCAUUCUCCCUCUUCAUAGAUGUGCUUGUAAUGGUUUAGCUCUUCUCUACGGUAAUGUCUACGCUCAUUUUAAGACAUUAAACUAAAUGUCAAGGGAUUAGUAUUACUCCAAAGAUGACAAUAAUAUCCAUUUACCUCUGAUACCCUCUGAAGUUUGUGUGCAGACACAAAGGUCUAAUUCAGAUAUCAUGAUGUGAGAAAUUGAUCAUUCCUGGUUUUCCAGAGUGGAAGGAGGGACCUUCUUACGUUUUUUGUUGUUAACAACACCGUGACUGUCAGUUUUUAUGUUGUUGCUCUGAUGGUCCUCAUCUGAAGUUGGAGUCAGAGCACUGAAGAGCUGAUACCAUCUGACCAAGAGGAGAUAUUUCCAGUCAUGUCAUCACCAUUAUGCAUUCUCUCUAAAAAUGAGAACCUCUCUGUGUCUUUCUGUGGUUCUGGCUUUCUAGCAACUUACCAACUCGGUGCUGCUCAGAGUCUUUUGGAUAACGCGGCCUGGAUCCUGCAAGGAGCUCCAAGAGUCUAUGGUGCGUCUGCUGGUUCUCUCGUGGCUGCCGCGGUCGUCUGUGGGUCCAAUCUAGGACGUGUGCGAGACCAGCUUUUGGAAUUUGCGAGAUUUACCAAACAACAGUCGCUCGGCAUUCUCAGUCCCACGGUGGAUAUUUUCCGGUGGCUGGAGGUCACACUGCAGCGAUGUCUGCCUGAUAAUGCCCACACUCUGGCCACGGGACGUCUGCACAUUUCCAUGACUCGCAUGUCUGACGGGAAAAAUGUUUUAGUGACGGAAUUUCAUUCCAAAGAUGAGCUUGUAAAAGCUCUUUUGUGCAGUUGUUUUGUCCCUGUGUACUCUGGCGUGAUCCCACCACAGUAUAAAGGCGAGCACUAUAUGGACGGAGGUUUCACAAACAUCCAGCCCUUCGAGGAAUCCUCUCCCACCCUCACCAUCUCCCCGUUUGCUGGAAACAUGGACAUCUGUCCCUCUGAUACCUCCACCAUCCUCUGUGACGCCAUCAUCCAGGAGCUCUACUUCCAGUGCUCCAUUACCAACUUCAUCAGACUGGUAGAUGCCAUGUUCCCUCGGGACUGGAGGAUUUUGAAGAAGGCUUUCUACAGUGGAUACCAAGAUACCGUAUACUUUCUGCAGCAGAGCAAUGCUUUGCCGUUGCACCCUCAACAGAGAAAGGAGUCAGAUGCAUCUGAUGAUUCUCUGAGCUCAGAUCACUGGAUGCUAACACAGACUGAUGGUGUCGAGGAAGAGGAAUCUCAGCCAAACUCCCUGGAACAACCUGAAGAGAAGACCAUCAAUGGGGUUUGUUCAUCCAUCAGUCCAUCCCGUCAAGAGCGGACAGAACCGAAGAACUCGCCAGUAAAGGUUCAGGAAGUGCUCCUGUGUAAUAUUGAGGGACAGCUGGAGAUUCUGAGUAAUCCGGAUGUCUCUUUAUCUCAACGGACGCUCUCAUUCCUGCUCUUGCUGUUUACACUGCCAAUCUGGAGUGCCACAACCUUAUGGGAAAGGUCUCAGAAAUGGACCACCAAAGCUACGACUUUGGCAUACUGGCUCUGGCAUGGCAUCAAGCUAUUUAUGAUCUUUGUACUCAAAAUUGUGUUGUCCACUUGUUGGAAAGUCCUUGGAGACAUGAUGCUGAGUGUGAUCAGUUUCAUGCCUGCACAAGUUCAAGAUGAGCACCGCAGGCCCAGAGAGUUUGCUGAGAGACACAUGGCCUCCUCUAACAUGAAUGGCCAUGUCUCAUCUCAUCUCCCAGCGAGUCCGUCUGUGGAACAGACCCUGCCAAACAUCUACACGCUCCUGUUUUCACUAGAAACAGAGAGCAAGUGGAGAAGACGCAAGAUAGAGGUGCAACACACCUUACAAAAACAUGUGGCUGAUGUGAAAAGAAAUGAAAAUAAUGCUAGCAAUCCAGGGUGGUUAACGUUACUUCACACAGAGUGAAGUGGAUGUAUCUUUUUUUUUUUUUUUUCCCCAGCUAAAUACUGAAUACACACUAACAUGGGACUAGUCUCUAGAUUUUGUAGUGUAUUUUUCCUUUUAAAAAUCUAAUAAAAAUGUAUGGUAUCACUACAAUAAGGUCCCAUUUGUUAACUUUAGUAAUUGGAAACACUUUAUUUUACAGUUUCCUUGUCACACGUUCCAUGUACAAAGUAGUUAAUAUAGCAAUUACUGUAAAGUGUGCAUAAUUACAUGUAACUGACCGCAAAACAAACCCUAAUAAGCACAUGUUGUUAAUUAUUAUUAAGCCAACUACUUAAAUGUAUAAUUACACUGUAACACAGACACGUUCAAAUAAAACGUUCCACUUUGGAAGUUGGCCUUGUUACAGUGUAACUUUACAUUUAAGUACAAAGUAAUAUUAAUUAGCAGCAUUAACUAACUAUACAUGUACUGAAAAAACAUGUUUUUAAGGAAGUGUUGGGUGUCUGUAAUGUUGUAUGGUUUUCUAAUGGACUCUGAGUCUGACAAUAAAGUUGAAAAAAAUUUUAUAUAGGCUAUAUAUACUCACCUAAAGGAUACUAAUACUGUGUCUGGCCCACUUUCGCCUUCAGAACUGCCUUAAUUCUACGUGGCAUUGAUUCAACAAGGUGCUAAAAGCAUUCUUUAUAAAU